AUGAGGACAAAAUUUCAACGCUUUACCGGUAGUCCUGAAGCCGCGUGGAAGACAAAGAAUGACGCAAUUCCGGCAGAAGGAGUGCACACUAUCAAAAGGGGGAAAGCGAUGAUAUUCAACAUGAAAAAAUUCCAGCCCCAUCGAGGAGUUGAGGAACGAGUGGGGUCGGAGGAAGAUGUACGUGUCCUUCAAUCUACUUUUGAAGCCCUUGGAUUUCGUAUCACCAUCUAUGAAAACAAAACGCGUCAAGAGAUGAUGGACAUCUUGAGAGGAGACAAAGAAGGGGCAGCCACUACUUCGUCAUCUAAAGCAUUCCACGUGUUCACCAAUCUGCAAGUCAAGAAUUCCUGCCUCGACCUGAGCCGCACCUGCGUUGAGUCCUCCGUCGCAGUUGAGUCCUCCGUCGCAGUUGAGUCCUCCUGGGUGGUCGGAUCCAGUGUGGUAGUUGAUUCUGUCGUGCUUGAAGUGGUUGAGUCUGUGGUGCCUGACUCCACACAUUCUGAAUUUUCUACUUCACAUCCUGGGUUAGACAUGCAAUCUUCGUGCAAGAUGGGACGCCCUAUAGAGAAAACAGGAACAUCAAUCGGUUUGAUGUCGAAGAGCGAAGAGAGGAAUGACACGUUUGGAGAAGAGGCACUAAUUUCCUCUGUUUGGACAGGAAAUCCUACUCCCAUGGCUCCUUGA